CGCGCUACGCUAGACCAUGUCUAUUUGCUGCGCGGUGUUUGUGUGUUAAAUGUGUUUUUUUUUCGCCCCAAGUGAUCGCCGUCGUCAUUCGCACAUAAAAAUCGUAACGAAAUAUCGGUCAUCCGUUUUUUUUCAACAGUUCUUAGUUUUUUGAUGGUACUUCUCUAACCAAAACAAGUGUCGUCCACCCAUAGGAGAUGCUUGUCGGGGCGCUCAUAUAUACACUAUUAGCUUUAUUUUGUUUCGACAAUUCUUUCGGCGAAGAAAGUUAUCUAGGACAUGGAGACUUCUCGGCGGGGGGAGAACUAUCACCUUACCACCACGGUGGUGGUCAUGGUACGCAUAGCGGCCACGGACACGGACACGGGGGUGGUGGCGGCGGCGGCGGCGGCGGCGGUGGCGGAGGCGGCGGCGAACACAUCCACAAGGGCGAAGUGAUACACAGGCAUGUGCACGAGGGAAAGGUCGAACACAUCCACAAGCACGUGGGCCACGCGGAACACGAUCACAAGCACGCCGGGCACGCGCACCACGACCACAAGCACACGGGCCACGCAGGCCACGACCACAAACACCACGGCGCGGCCGAGCACAAGCACUCGCACUACGGCAAGGCGGAACACGGGCACAAGCACGUGGGUUCGGGUGCGCAUUCGCACAAGCACAUCGGCGCGGCCGAACACUCGCACAAGCAUCACGGGCAAGCGGAGCACGCGCACAACCACCACGGGCACGCUGACCACGCGCACAACCAUGUGGCGCACGCGGAACACGGGCACAAGCACUCGCUGCAAGCGCAACACGCGCACAAGCAUCACGGUUCGGCCGGGCACACGCACAAGCACUUGGGGCACGCCAAGCACUCGCACGCCCACGGCGGACACGCAGACCACAACCACAAGCAUCACGGGCAGGCCGAACACUCGCACGGGCACCACGGCAACUUCGGGCACGGUCACGAGCACCACGGCAAGUCGCAUCACACGCAUGCGCAUCACGCGCAGGCGUCGCACGGCCACAAGCACUCGGGGCACCAUGCACACGCGCACCAUCACAGCGUGGAUGGUCACGGUGGCGGUGGCGGCGGCGGAGGCGGCGGAGGCGGUCACGGUCAUGCUCAUAUAGGAUACCUGGUGAAGAGGAACGACGGCGAAGUUCCCGAAGGACUGAGCAAGUACUAUAAGCCAGCGGUGGCGCCCUCACCCGUACUGCCCGUGGAAACGUCCGUGGUCCCGAAACUCGAAGGCGUACCGUUGGAAGACAUGUUCAGCAAGGUAGAAAUCGCCGACUACGGCGGCAGCAUUGGCACGACGGAGUGAAGUAAGUAAAGAAUAUUGAUACGACUUCACGUCGUGAUAUAACUUGUUAUUCGUCUACGUUUGCCACGAUAUACCCAGUAAUAUAAUUAUAAAAUAUAAGAUUGUUUUUUUUUUUUCAUUACUUAUAAAUAUUAUUUGUAUUAAUUAUAA